AUGAGUCGCUCAAAGGAAAAAGUAUCUGGCCUAUUCCGGAAACUAUUCAAGUCCACCAACUCGAAAGACGGAGAAGGUCCAAGUAAACCGAGUACUCCCGGAAGUGGAUCACCAGCAAGACGAAUCCUCCGUGGUUGUAGAGACACAGUUUCCCCGGCAGCUACAUCUCAGGCCAGCCCAUGUUUCAGCUCCAAAGGCAAGAGAGACGAUGCUCAAAACAAGACGGUCAGAGCAAGGAGGCUCAUGAAGGAACUCAGGGACCUCCAAAGGUUCCAAAACUCCAAAACCGACCCGGUGUUCACGGUAGAGCUAGUAGACGACAACCUUUUCGAGUGGCACGUAAAACUCUUCAAAGUGGACGGUGAAAGUGACUUGGGUAUCGAUAUGAGGGAUCUGGGAAUAAAUCACAUCCUUCUACACCUGAUAUUUCCGGAAAAUUUCCCUUUCGCGCCACCUUUCAUGCGGGUUAUAUCGCCUAGGAUAGAAAAGGGAUUCGUUAUGGAAGGUGGUGCGAUUUGUAUGGAAUUGCUCACUCCCAGAGGAUGGGCAAGCGCUUACACGGUGGAAGCAGUUAUCAUGCAGUUUGCUGCUAGUGUGGUGAAAGGUCAAGGACGAAUACAGAGAAAAAACAAAGGCCAAAAAGUGUUCAGUAGACGUACAGCCGAAGAGAGCUUCAGGUCGUUGGUGAAGACUCAUGAUAAGUAUGGGUGGGUGACACCUAGUUUAGCGGACGGAUAA